CAUUAUGUUUGACUAUUUGCAUAUUAGGGCAUGCCAGUAAGGAGUAUAGUCAGAAAAAAGAAGUUCAGUUAAAUUAAUUUCAGUCGAAUCAGGUGAACCAAACUGAGCCUAGUAGAGUCGUUGACUACUGACAACUAGAAUUUUGCAGGCCACCUAUUUCACUAGGUUACAAAUGAUUUGCAAUCAAGUCUUAACUAGCAAAUAAGAGACUCAAAAUUGUGGUCCUUGAGGUUUUUUCUUUGGAGCAUUAGCCACUAAUAUCUCAGUAUUGUUAUUUGAAGCUCUCAUCCUCACAAUUUGAGGCCGAGGGUCACGUGCUCCCAUUCCAAAAAUAUCAUCCACAUACUCAUUCAACAUGCAAUACUUUUAUACUAGUGUUCUUCAACUUAAAACAUUUAUUUCAUUGUUUCUUGACAUUUUUUUUUGGUAAGUUGCAAUAAAAAAAGUCCUAAGCAAGUAUAUCUAGUAUUUCCUUAAAAUGCCUUUGUUUGGUAUGUAUCCACAAACAUUAUGUUUGACCUCCAGAGUUACAGACAUCUUUCAUGUUGGAUGCUCUCGUGAUCAGUGGCGUAUCCAGAAAUAUUCCUACAAUAUUGUUCGCUCCUCAUCCAUAUAUCUAACCUCAAUCAACUCCAACGGGGUAGAUUUGUGUAACAGGAUAUCAUGUUCUCUUUCUUUUCAUCUCCCCCGAUUCAAUCCAAUGAAGCAAGGGACGAGAAAUUUAUUGGUUGUCCAAGCAGUUUCGACCCCUGAGAGGGCGGAUGAAGGAGACGAAACCAAUUCAAGUAUUGUGGCUGUUCCUUUGCAGCUUGGUGGGAUGUUCUGCCUUUGGUAUCUCUUGAAUAUUUACUUCAAUAUAUACAACAAGCAGGUUCUUAGGGUCUAUCCAUUUCCUUCAACCAUAACAGCUUUUCAAUUUGGAUGUGGGAGUUUGCUUGUUCUUCUUAUGUGGGGUUUUAAUCUUCAUCCAAAACCAAAGAUCACACCUUCACAGUUUGCAGCAAUUUUACCAUUAGCAAUAGCCCAUGCAAUGGGAAACCUUCUAACAAAUGUGAGCCUUGGAAAAGUAGCAGUCUCAUUCACACACACCAUCAAAGCUAUGGAGCCCUUCUUCACUGUUCUUCUCUCCGUGCUCUUUCUUGGUGAGAGGCCUAAUUUAUGGGUGGUUUUGUCCCUGUUGCCGAUUGUUGGUGGAGUAGCAUUGGCAUCUUUUACAGAGACUUCAUUCAAUUGGUUGGGCUUUGGCAGUGCAAUGGCUUCUAAUGUCACUAAUCAAUCGCGUAAUGUUCUAAGCAAGAAGUUGAUGAUUAACGAAGAGGAGGGUUUGGACAACAUCAAUCUAUUCUCUAUAAUUACACUUAUCUGCUUCGUCUUAUUACUCCCAACAGCUAUUCUAAUCGAUGGCGUCAAAUUUUCUCCUGCAUAUUUUCAAUUAGCUGCAAGUCAAGGGUUGAAUGUUAGAGAACUUUGUGUGAGAGCCCUUGUUGCCGGUCUUUGCUUCCACACUUAUCAGCAGGUUUCAUAUAUGAUAUUAGGAAUGGUAUCAGCUGUGACACAUUCGGUAGGAAAUUGCCUGAAGCGAGUUGUAGUUAUUGUGUCUUCAGUGAUCUUCUUCCAAACCCCCAUUUCGCCUCUUAACUCAUUUGGAACUGCAUUAGCACUUGCUGGUGUCUUCUUAUACACGAGAGCAAAGAGAUUGAAAUCAAAGUUGAAAGUUGAAUGAUUCAUUGUACACCAUUGGUGACCAUCUAAAUUGGGUGAAUGGUUUGCUCCAUGGUAAUUCAAGGUGUACUAGACUUAUUUAAGGGCCAUCUUUCGAACAAGUGCUGGGCUGGGCCAAAUCCCCCGUUUUAUACUUAUAUUGGUGGGUUAAUGUCCUUUGUAUUAUAUUCAUGUCCACACGCCCUUUGCUUUGAGGCCCAAAUGUUUUAUUUUGUUGUUUUCAUUUACAUUUGUUUAAUUUGAUUAAAGAACCUGUACAAAUUGUUCAAUUUUAUUAAAGAUAAAGACAUCACCUAUAAAAAUUAUUGUAAAAAACGUAUCAUACUUUAUUCAUUGUCA